CGCCGCCAUCUUUGAGCGGUCGUACUAUUCUGGUUCUACCAAAACAGCUGAAAAUGCCUCAGCACUGCGCGGCAUUAUUGUGUUCAAAUCGACGAAAGGCUGACGUUAGGGCUCGGGGGAUAACAUUUCACAAGUUUCCCAAAGACAAUAAUGCGAGGAAGAAGUGGGAAGUGUCUUUAAGGAGAGAGGGAUUCACUGCGAGUGAUACAUCCGUGCUGUGCAGCGAGCAUUUUCAGCAGGAUGAUUUCGACAGGACGGGUCAGAUUGUCCGCCUGAAAGAUGGUGUUUUUCCAUCGAUAUUCAGGUUUCCAGAUCACCUCCAAGAACCAAAAAAGUGCAGGACUUCAGUGAUCGUCAAAACAGCUGACGUUACUCCGCCUGUGGCUUCUCAGGAGGCCCCAGAAACGUGUACCUCACACCCAAAACCUCAGCCUAAUGAUGAUCAUUGCUACGCUUUGCCUUCCUCUCUUACUGCCGUUACGGCUAAACUGAAGGAGGCUUUGGCGAGGGUGGAAAGUCUGGAGCGGGAGAGGAAAAACGCCAUGGCCAGGGAAAAGAGGGCAAGGACCAUAGUUCAGUGUCUGUUGGGGGAGUUGAAUGAAAAGAAACUCCUUAAUAAAGGGCUUAAGGAAAAGCUUGAAUUCUACUCAGAUCUUCAACUGGACUUCAUGAUGCAGGGCAAUGAGUACACAAAGGAGCACAAAGAAUUCGCCCUAACGCUCUAUGUGCACGGACCAAAGGCGUACAAAUACCUCAGGAAGACUGGAAAAUUUCCCCUCCCACACCCACAUACUUUACAAAGGUGGCGAUGUUCAAUGGAGGCUAAAUCUGAGCAGGUACCAGACUCUGCGAAGUCCACGAAACGUCGAAAGGACAAGCAGAUAAAAAGAUGACAUCCUGUCUGGUGUGAAGAUGUCCUCUGCUGAAGAGCAGAUGUAGGAGGAUUUCAUCAGAGAUGUUUUACUAUCUACGUUUUAACACAGCUACCAGCUUAUUACACUGAAAAACAAUGGUGGCCUAGUGAUCCCAUCGCAAGGUGCAGAAAGCGACACAGAGAGCAAUUGGAAGAGCAUCAAGAGUGACCUCCAAAGGAGUCCACCCCUCAUCAGUGAAGACAUUGAAACAGAAUGCUGUUCUGCUUAGGAAAUGCAUUAAGUAGACACGAUUUGAUAACCUUCAUUCUGAAUUAUUGCCAUUUUGUCUGUCUAAAAAACAGACAUGAAUGGCAGUACAAGGAAAACAUCUCUGCAAACCUAUCCUGUUCCAGGGGGCAGGACAGGUUUGCAGGGUUUGGGCUCAAUGUAAAACCUUCAUGAGACACUGUACACAUGCAUAUUUGGUUUGGGGUCAGGGCAGAUAACUGGAUGUAGCCUUUACUCUGGUCUUGCUCAGCCACAAAACAUGACUGGGCCAGACUGCAACUAGCAAUCAGGUCUGCAGAGACGAUUAUCAGGCCUUUCUUACCUCUGACCAAUAAGUAGACAUGUUUAUGGUUAGAAGACAGACUGCAAACAUCUUUGCAGACCCAACAUUGUAACCUUUGGGUAGUAAAUAGACUAGAUGCACAAUAUUAACUGUAAGUAUUAGUUCACCUGCGUUGCUUUACAAUAUGAUCUUAAAUGACAUCUCAUUCUUAAUCUACAGGGUUGAGUGUUGGGUUGUUACGCCCUUUGCCGUCAUAACAUCUCUAGAAAGGCUGUCCACAUGAUUUAGGAGCAUGUUUAUAGCUUUAAUUGCUGAAUUAAAUGUUUUUGAAUUACAACUGAGCUGCUGAUCUGUUCUAGAACCUGAUGAUUUCACAAAGAAUAAUUCACUGUUAAACAACAGUGGCUUUAUUCAAGGGCUUUUCCAGAUAAACACUGAACUCUACCGAUCCUUUCUGCCUAAAGAUAACAAAAACACAGCAACACCAUUUUAGUACCACAUUUAAUCACCUUUGGGGUUAUUAAAGUAUUUCUGAUUUGUAUUUAUUCCAAAGGUGUUCUAAUGGGUUGAGGUCGGGAUUCUCUCAUCUAUCUUUGUGGACCAUGCUUCAUGCAGUCGUGAUGGAAGAGGAAGGGACCUCCAAACUGUUUCUCCACAUUGAAAAGUCCAGAAUCUAUUUGUCUGCUGAAGCAUUCAGAGGUCCUUUCAAUGGAACUAAAGCAGACCAAGUCCAACUCCUGAUAAGCAUCCCAACACCGUGUCCUCCACUAAACUAAACUUGGCACAGAAGUCAAGCAAAUACUGAUCUCCUAGCUACCACCAAAUUGCCAGAUGGAGUAUUUUGAUUUGUCUCCACUGCUCUACCUUACGCUUCCUCCAACACUUUACAUUGCACUUGAUGUAUUGCUUGAAAUUAGCUGCUCAGCCACAGGGAAUAUUUAGGAGUGGGGAAAUUUCAUGACAUGACUUGUUGCCCAGAUGUCCUCUUAUCACAGUACCUUGCUGGAAUUCCUGAACUCUGACAGUGACUCAUUCGGUUUGCAGAAACUGUCUUCCUGCU